UGCUGCGAGGAGCAGGAAGACUUGGAGCACGCGCUGCAAGAUUAUGCAAUGUAAAUUUCCUGUACAUGUACAAAAUGCAUGACAAAUUUCGCUAACUUGCAGUGUCCAACUUGUCAUGCUACACUAGGACUGAAGGCAAGUUUUGUCAUGCAGAGAUGACUGCAUUUGUACGUGUGCAGGAAAUUUACUGUGGAUAAAGAUCUAGUCAAGGCACGAAGACAGAGCUCCUUCCUGUUGAACACGAGCAUUGCCUAUGCAAUACAAGCUUUUUCCCGUAAACGACGUGCAAACCCAAAAGGCAUGACAAAUUUCGCAAUAGAACUUGGAGUGUGCAACUCGUCAUGCUGACUAGUACUAGGAUUGACAGAAGGUAGAUCAAAAUUUUGUCAUGCUGUAGUUAGACCGCGUUUGUAAGUUCGUCCAUCGUACGGUUACGGUGAAUUUACUCUGGAUAUCGCCAGGCCGGACUGGCUUGCGGCGGUGGUGCAGGAGCAUAAACGGAAUUCGGUCGGAGGUGUUGCCCGUGAGAGCGCUGUGUUUCCGCCUGAUGUACUGACCACAAACGCACCUGCAAGAAGUUCCUCUAGUGUUAGUGCUGGUGAUGCCGGUGCCCCGCUCUCACCUGUCGCGUCGUCUUCGCGCGACCGUCUAGGUCGUGAUGCAGAUGAUGCAGGCACUUCGUCUCUCCUCACCCCCCAACAAGAGCCGACGAGUCCAGCAGCACCUGCUUCCGCCCCCGGAGUCACGGAAGCGGAGAAGCAACGUCUGCGCGAGGACGUGCGAAAACUCAAAGGCGAGCUCGAACACGAAGUGGAGCACGUGGGGACGGUUUUACAGUCCGAAUUUUCUGACAUUACGACCAAACUUGUCACCGGGGUGCAGAAAAUGGGAGAGGAACUCGAGAAGGAUGAAGACGUGCAGAACCUGGCGGCGCAGGCGGACCACGCAGUGCACAGAGUGAAAGACGCGAUUGGCUCAACUUUUGAAAAUUUCGACGACACGGCCGUGGGGAGAAGGUUUAAACUCGGUGGGGACCGCUUGAUGCAGACCUUGCAACAGUUUAAUAACGCAGGAGAGGCAGCUGCGCAGGGACCAGAACAUCUUCAAGGUGAUCAACAAUCGGUAGCACCUCAAGAUCCGGAAGCCGCUGCGUUGGCGUCGCAAAACGCGGCUUUAGCGGGGGAGCUCGGGAGCAAGUUGAGUGCGGAAGUGGAAAGCCUGGGAAAGGGUUUGCUGGAAAGGGAAGAGGUGUGGAAGAGCAAGGGCCUGGACAUUCUCGCUUCCGUGCAGCAGCGCUUUCUGAGAAGAAAUCCAGACUGGCUGGAGAAUACGAGGGCGAAAAUCUUGCAGGUGCUGCAGCAGCAGGGAGAUGAAAUCGACUCGCUGGCGAGCACGGUACUUAAACUCCAACUUACCACGUUUGGUUUUAUCCUCUUAAUGCUGGAUCAUGCAACAGCCUCACACAACAGGUUGACCUUACUUGUUUCUAUACGUUCUUGCAUGAGCAGUGUACACAAGCAUUACUUUUAUCUUACGUUCUUGCAUGCUCCGGGACGAAGCGGAAACUAGAAAAAAAAUCAAAAUCCUUUCCAGCUCGACGAGCACACCUCGGACGCGCUUUCCUCCGGCAAGCCACCGCUUUCCAUUCGCGAAACUCUCGCCAGAACGUGCGAAAACUGGGUGCAAACUUUCGCCACCGAGGAGCAGACCAGCUUAGAACUCCUUGAGCAAUGGGAGAAUAAGGCGCAGAACUUAGACUAUUUGGACAAGCUGGACCUUGGUUCCGUUCUGUCCAAAGCCGGGAUCAAACUGCCCCCAGGAUUGCAGAAACUCCUUCCGAAAGCUACGAUUUCGUCUUCCCCGCGAGGAAGCCCGGACCAUCUUACAGGUACCAAGGGAAGUAAAAGUAGGAGAAAUAAGCGCGGCGCCGGAUCUUCUUCAGCGUCGAAAAGCAAAAGCGGGAAAAGAAGUGCGAAUGACGACGACGAAGCUGCAGCCUCUUCCUCUCUGUUCCAGUCCAAAACCCUUGCUUCGCUCGAUGUUUCCGCCUCGGACUUCACACGAGAUCCGGUGAACACAAUUUCAAAGAUCCUCGCCAACGACCGGGUGGCCGCGAAAGCCGAGACCGCUAUGGAGAAGGUGGACGGUAUUCUGAAGCAAGUCAACGCCGCGAGCCAGGGUUCUGCCAUUCAAGGGUUGCUAAACAGCGCCUUAAAUUUAUCCUCCAGCCCACCGAAAAACGUCGCACAGAACAAGCAGCUCCAAAACUACCACGACGGCACCACCACCGCGAGCGAUUCCGGCCACUCGGCUCCUGAAGGAGGACAGCAUCCACAGCAACCGCAGCAAGACGGAGCGGAGGGCGGAGGGACACAAAGUGCGACAGUGUCCACCCAGAUUCUCUCCAAGCUGGAAAACCUCGACGUGGGAAGGGUAUUCGAUAAGGCCGAGGACACGAUCGAUAAGUUGAUGGACGGCGACAAAAGAGACCAAUUCCUCAACGAAAUUCUAGACGCAGCGGUUGAUCUUUUGAUGUCCUUUCUCCCGAACAUCCGGAUCGCGGAACUUGGGGGCGAAUCGGAGGAUUUGGUCUAUGAACUGGAGAACUUGGACCUAGCGGGGUUUAAAUUGAAAAAAGAGUGUGUGAAAUUAGAGCUGAACACAACUCCCGGGGAUCCGCGGUUGCUAAAUUUCGAACUUUGGGACAUGAGCUGCCAGAUCCAAGACCUGCGGUUCAAGUACAAACAGAAGAAAUUCCCGUUCCUGAGAGGCCACGGACUGGCGUUUGCGUUUGCGGGGGACGUGAGUUUGCAGCUGUGCUUCUCAGUGCGAUGGGUGAAAACGACGACGGCGGAGAACGAGGAGCAAAGAACUACUACUGCUGACGCAGGAAAAGCAGAUUGUUCGGGAGGUCAGGUCGCAGUACCACGACGGAGCAGGAGGCGGGGUAGGAGACAACGACAGGGUCGUAGAAGAGAAGGUAAUGGCGAAGUAGAGGACUUCGAUUCUGAAGAUUCCUCCAACAGGUCACUCGCUGACGAAAAUAAUUCUGAUUUGCUCACUUCCGAAGACGAUGAAGCUGCUGCGCUAGACGAAGAUGAUGACAGCAGCAGCAUCUUUUCCACAACCUCCUCGCAUCAGAGCCGCGGCAAUAAUAGAUACCAAUACGACCAAACCUCCGAUACUGACAACGAAGCCCACCAAAACAGUGGCUGGCGCCCAGAGUUGGUGAUGAGUAAGAACGAGAUGCGGAUUGGGGAGCUCAAGUUACAUGUGGAGGAAACACGAUUCGCCUGGCUGUACAACAUUCUGUCGAAACUGUUUGGGUCGUUGAUUCAAACCAUAGUUGUCGCAAAGAUUCAGGAGCAACUAGCCGCCCAUGUGUCGCAGUUUUCGGAGAUGCUGUCGGUGGUUUUGUCUCACGAAAUGGUGCGGCCGUUCGUGGAGAGUUUACGACCGGAGAACGUUGGGGUGAUGUCGCACGAAACGGUCGGGGAGGGGGUGGCGAUUGCACAUGUUGAUGGGGAGGAAAGAACUAACGGG